UAAAACUGAUCUGUCAAUGGCCUAAAACGUAGAUACAGACUCGGUAUCUUCAGUUUAGGCUAUACACAAAAGAAAGCUGGCUUUGCCAGUCUAACGUGUGUAUGCGCUCAAGUUUUGUUUCAGACAACAACAGGAGGCUUCAUGCAGUCGGAGGCAAGUUGUCAGGACGUUUGUGGGCAGCAAACGCCACAUGGGCGCAUGGCUGGCAAAUGAACGAUCGUUUUUCAACUGGCCGCUGAAUAUCAGUAGUCCCGUCCCUGCAUCCAACGUUUGGACGGCUUUGGGCUUCGGGAGAGUUCAUUUGUCUCCCCUCCAUCGUCGGUCAUGGCAGCCACCGCCACGCCGACGCACGCGCCCAAGUGGAACGUCAAGCAGCUCCAGCAAAUGGCAGCAGGCGGCGGCGCUGGCAUUGUGGCCAAGACGGUGGUGGCUCCAUUCGAGCGUGUCAAGAUCGUGUGCCAGACGGGCGAGAGCGUAGGCAUGUUGCAGACCACACGCAGCAUCUUCGUGAGCGAGGGCGUGUUUGGCUUCUGGCGUGGCAACAUGGCGGCUUGUGUGCGUGUGGUGCCUCAUAAGGCUGUUCUUUUCGCCUUCUCUGACUUCUACAAGGACGUUUUCCGGUCUAUGGACCCGUCGGGACAGCACAAACUGCCGGCCUGGGGGCCGUUCGUGUCCGGGUCUUUGUCGGGCUUCACGGCGUCUAUCAUCACGUACCCGUUGGACCUCAUUCGUACGCGCGUAUCGGGUCAAAUUGGGGCGAAUCUGGUCUACAGCGGCAUCGCCCAUACGUUCAUGAGGACAUUGAGGGAGGAAGGACCUCGUGCUCUUUUCCGUGGUAUCGGCCCCACACUUUUCGGAGCGCUGCCUUAUGAAGGCAUCAAGUUUGGGAGCUAUGACAUUCUCACGAGUCUUUUACCCGAAGAUAUCGACCCCAAGGCGGAUUUUGCUGGUAAAAUCCUGUGUGGAGGAGGAGCAGGAGUGCUCGCCACGAUCUUCACGUACCCGAACGACACAGUGAGGCGACGACUGCAGAUGCAGGGAGCAGGAGGAGCCGCCAGGCAGUACAAGAACGCGUGGGACUGCUACGUCAAGUUGGCGCGGAACGAAGGCUGGACGGUGUAUUACAGAGGGCUUACACCCACACUGGUACGAGCUAUGCCCAAUAUGGGCGUCCAGUUCGCAACCUACGACUUCCUCAAAAGCUUCAUUGAUUGACGGAAUUUAGAAAUGCAUGUUUGAGGUAAAAUGCACGUUUCUAAAACUUUAUGAGGCUUCACUGUUCUCGUCGUCCGCUGCGAUCAUCGCAGUAGCGAGCUCCUGUUCGUCGUCGGUUAAUACGCCCUUUAGAGUGGAUAAAUCCUUCUGAAAGACCGUCUUGACGACUGAUUCCAGUGCUGCACGACGGUGUGUUUCUCGCUUAACGUCAGUACUGAACCGCUCCAUGAGACUCGGACGCGUUGCUGCAGCUACUAAGAGCUUCUCCUUAUUGCGAGCGAUCGCCUCUUUAAAUUGUUGUCGUU